GCCCCGGCGGCGCGGGGACGCCGGCCUGCAAGCCAGCAAGCGGGCGGGCGGGCGCAGUGGGCGAGCGGGCGCGCCCUGCAGGGAGCUGACCUGUCCUGGACGCAGCAUAACUAACGAAGCUGCUGCAGGAUGAGAAGAUGGCAGCGCGGCUGCUUGCACCACCAGGCCCUGAUAGUUUCAAGCCUUUCACCCCUGAGUCGCUGGCAAACAUUGAGAGGCGCAUUGCUGAGAGCAAGCUCAAGAAACCACCAAAGGCCGAUGGCAGCCAUCGAGAAGACGAUGAAGACAGCAAGCCCAAGCCAAACAGUGACCUGGAAGCAGGGAAGAGUUUGCCUUUUAUCUACGGGGACAUCCCCCAAGGCCUGGUUGCGGUUCCCCUGGAGGACUUUGACCCAUACUAUUUGACGCAGAAAACCUUUGUAGUAUUAAACAGAGGGAAAACUCUCUUCAGAUUUAGUGCCACGCCUGCCUUGUACAUUUUAAGUCCUUUUAACCUGAUAAGAAGAAUAGCUAUUAAAAUUUUGAUACAUUCAGUAUUUAGCAUGAUCAUUAUGUGCACUAUUUUGACCAACUGUGUAUUCAUGACUUUUAGUAACCCUCCAGACUGGUCGAAGAAUGUGGAGUACACGUUCACAGGGAUUUAUACAUUUGAAUCACUAGUGAAAAUCAUUGCAAGAGGUUUCUGCAUAGAUGGCUUUACCUUUUUACGGGACCCGUGGAACUGGUUAGAUUUCAGUGUCAUCAUGAUGGCAUAUGUGACAGAGUUUGUGGACCUGGGCAAUGUCUCAGCGCUGAGAACAUUCAGGGUUCUCCGAGCUUUGAAAACUAUCUCUGUAAUUCCAGGCCUGAAGACAAUUGUUGGCGCCCUCAUUCAGUCUGUGAAGAAGCUGUCAGAUGUGAUGAUCCUGACUGUGUUCUGCCUGAGUGUUUUCGCCCUGAUCGGACUGCAGCUGUUCAUGGGGAACCUGCGAAACAAGUGUGUCGUGUGGCCCAUAAACUUCAAUGAGAGCUAUCUUGAAAAUGGCACCAAAGGCUUUGAUUGGGAAGAAUAUAUCAACAAUAAAACAAAUUUUUACACGGUUCCUGGCAUGCUGGAACCUUUACUCUGUGGGAACAGUUCAGAUGCUGGGCAGUGCCCAGAAGGAUACCAGUGUAUGAAGGCAGGAAGGAACCCUAACUAUGGUUAUACAAGCUUUGACACUUUCAGCUGGGCCUUCUUGGCAUUGUUUCGCCUUAUGACCCAGGACUACUGGGAAAACUUGUAUCAGUUGACCUUACGAGCAGCUGGAAAAACAUACAUGAUCUUCUUUGUCUUGGUCAUCUUUGUGGGCUCAUUCUAUCUGGUGAACUUGAUCUUGGCUGUGGUGGCCAUGGCUUAUGAAGAGCAGAAUCAGGCAACAUUGGAGGAGGCAGAACAAAAAGAGGCUGAGUUCAAAGCAAUGUUGGAGCAACUUAAGAAGCAACAGGAAGAGGCACAGGCUGCCGCAAUGGCCACUUCUGCAGGCACUGUUUCAGAAGAUGCCAUUGAGGAAGAAGGUGAAGAUGGGGUUGGCUCUCCUCGGAGUUCAUCCGAAAUUUCUAAACUCAGUUCAAAGAGCGCCAAGGAAAGACGUAAUAGGAGAAAGAAGAGGAAGCAAAAGGAACUCUCUGAGGGAGAAGAGAAAGGGGAUCCUGAGAAGGUAUUUAAGUCAGAGUCAGAAGAUGGUAUGAGGAAGAAGGGCUUUCGACUGCCAGACAACAGAAUCGGGAGGAAAUUCUCCAUUAUGAACCAGUCACUGCUCAGCAUCCCAGGCUCACCCUUCCUCUCCCGCCACAACAGCAAAAGCAGCAUCUUCAGCUUCCGGGGCCCUGGGCGGUUCCGAGACCCAGGUUCGGAGAACGAGUUUGCAGACGACGAGCACAGCACCGUGGAGGAGAGCGAAGGCCGCAGGGACUCGCUGUUCAUCCCCAUCCGGGCCCGGGAGCGUCGCAGCAGCUACAGCGGCUACAGCGGCUACAGCCAGGGCAGCCGCUCCUCGCGCAUCUUCCCCAGUCUGCGGCGCAGCGUGAAGCGCAACAGCACCGUGGACUGCAAUGGCGUGGUGUCGCUCAUCGGCGGGCCGGGCUCGCACAUUGGCGGGCGGCUACUGCCAGAGGCAACAACUGAGGUGGAAAUUAAGAAAAAAGGCCCUGGAUCUCUUUUAGUGUCCAUGGACCAACUGGCCUCCUAUGGACGGAAGGACAGAAUCAACAGUAUAAUGAGUGUUGUUACAAAUACACUAGUAGAAGAGCUGGAAGAGUCUCAGAGAAAGUGUCCACCAUGCUGGUAUAAAUUUGCCAAUACUUUUCUCAUCUGGGAGUGCCACCCCUACUGGAUAAAGCUCAAAGAGAUUGUGAACUUGAUUGUUAUGGACCCUUUUGUGGACUUAGCCAUCACCAUCUGCAUUGUUCUAAAUACGCUCUUUAUGGCAAUGGAGCACCAUCCUAUGACGCCACAGUUUGAGCACGUCUUGGCUGUAGGAAAUCUGGUUUUCACUGGAAUUUUCACAGCGGAAAUGUUCCUGAAGCUCAUAGCCAUGGAUCCCUACUAUUAUUUCCAAGAAGGUUGGAACAUUUUUGACGGAUUUAUUGUCUCCCUCAGUUUAAUGGAACUGGGUCUAGCAGACGUGGAGGGGCUUUCGGUGCUGCGAUCUUUCCGAUUGCUCCGAGUCUUCAAAUUGGCCAAAUCCUGGCCCACCCUGAACAUGCUGAUCAAGAUUAUUGGAAAUUCAGUGGGUGCCUUGGGCAACCUGACCCUGGUGCUGGCCAUUAUUGUCUUCAUCUUUGCCGUGGUGGGAAUGCAGCUCUUUGGGAAAAGCUACAAAGAAUGUGUCUGCAAGAUCAACCAGGACUGUGAACUCCCUCGCUGGCACAUGCAUGACUUUUUCCAUUCCUUCCUCAUUGUCUUUCGAGUGUUAUGCGGGGAAUGGAUUGAGACCAUGUGGGACUGCAUGGAGGUGGCAGGCCAGGCCAUGUGCCUCAUUGUUUUUAUGAUGGUCAUGGUUAUUGGCAACUUGGUGGUGCUGAACCUCUUUCUGGCCCUGCUUCUGAGUUCCUUCAGUGCAGACAACCUGGCAGCCACAGAUGAUGAUGGAGAAAUGAAUAACCUACAGAUCUCAGUAAUUCGCAUCAAGAAGGGUGUGGCUUGGACCAAAGUAAAAGUGCAUGCCUUCAUGCAGGCUCAUUUUAAGCAGCGUGAGGCAGAUGAAGUGAAACCACUGGAUGAGUUAUAUGAAAAGAAGGCCAACUGCAUUGCCAACCAUACGGGUGCAGACAUCCACCGGAAUGGUGACUUCCAGAAGAAUGGCAAUGGUACAACCAGUGGCAUUGGCAGCAGCGUGGAGAAGUAUAUCAUUGAUGAGGACCACAUGUCCUUCAUCAACAACCCCAACUUGACUGUACGGGUGCCUAUUGCUGUAGGCGAGUCUGACUUUGAGAACCUCAACACAGAAGAUGUUAGCAGCGAGUCAGAUCCUGAAGGCAGCAAAGAUAAACUGGAUGAUACUAGCUCCUCAGAAGGAAGCACCAUCGAUAUCAAGCCAGAAGUAGAAGAAGUCCCUGUGGAACAGCCUGAGGAAUACUUGGAUCCAGAUGCCUGCUUCACCGAAGGUUGUGUCCAGCGGUUCAAGUGCUGCCAAGUCAACAUUGAGGAAGGGCUAGGCAAGUCUUGGUGGAUCCUGCGGAAAACCUGCUUCCUCAUCGUGGAGCACAAUUGGUUUGAGACCUUCAUCAUCUUCAUGAUUCUGCUCAGCAGUGGUGCCCUGGCCUUUGAGGACAUUUACAUUGAGCAGAGGAAGACCAUCCGAACCAUCCUGGAAUACGCUGACAAAGUCUUCACCUACAUCUUCAUCCUGGAGAUGUUGCUCAAGUGGACGGCCUAUGGCUUCGUGAAGUUCUUCACCAAUGCCUGGUGCUGGCUGGACUUCCUCAUCGUGGCUGUCUCUUUAGUCAGCCUUAUAGCUAAUGCCCUGGGCUACUCGGAACUAGGUGCCAUAAAGUCCCUUAGGACCCUAAGAGCUUUGAGACCCUUAAGAGCCUUAUCACGAUUUGAAGGGAUGAGGGUGGUGGUGAAUGCCUUGGUGGGCGCCAUCCCCUCCAUCAUGAAUGUGCUGCUGGUGUGUCUCAUCUUCUGGCUGAUUUUCAGCAUCAUGGGAGUUAACCUGUUUGCGGGGAAAUACCACUACUGCUUUAAUGAGACUUCUGAAAUCCGAUUUGAAAUCGAAGAUGUCAACAAUAAAACUGAAUGUGAAAAGCUCAUGGAGGGGAACAACACAGAGAUCAGGUGGAAGAACGUGAAGAUCAAUUUUGACAACGUGGGGGCAGGAUAUCUGGCCCUUCUUCAAGUAGCAACCUUCAAAGGCUGGAUGGACAUCAUGUAUGCAGCUGUAGAUUCCCGAAAGCCUGAUGAACAGCCUAAGUAUGAGGACAACAUCUACAUGUACAUCUACUUUGUCAUCUUCAUCAUCUUCGGCUCCUUCUUCACCCUGAAUCUGUUCAUUGGUGUCAUCAUUGAUAACUUCAAUCAACAAAAGAAAAAGUUUGGAGGUCAGGAUAUCUUCAUGACUGAGGAACAGAAAAAGUACUACAAUGCCAUGAAAAAGCUGGGCUCAAAGAAACCACAGAAACCCAUUCCCCGCCCCUUGAACAAAAUCCAAGGUAUCGUCUUUGAUUUUGUCACUCAACAAGCCUUUGACAUUGUUAUCAUGAUGCUCAUCUGCCUUAAUAUGGUGACAAUGAUGGUGGAGACAGAUACUCAGAGCAAGCAGAUGGAGAACAUUCUCUACUGGAUUAAUCUGGUCUUCGUCAUCUUCUUCACCUGUGAGUGUGUGCUCAAAAUGUUUGCCUUGAGGCACUACUACUUCACCAUUGGCUGGAACAUCUUCGACUUCGUGGUGGUCAUCCUGUCCAUUGUGGGAAUGUUCCUGGCUGAUAUCAUUGAGAAAUACUUUGUUUCCCCAACCCUGUUCCGAGUCAUCCGAUUGGCCCGUAUUGGGCGUAUUUUGCGUCUGAUCAAAGGCGCCAAAGGGAUUCGUACCCUGCUCUUUGCCUUAAUGAUGUCCUUGCCUGCCCUGUUCAACAUUGGCCUUCUGCUCUUCCUGGUCAUGUUCAUCUUCUCCAUCUUUGGGAUGUCCAAUUUUGCAUAUGUGAAGCACGAGGCUGGUAUUGAUGACAUGUUCAACUUUGAGACAUUUGGCAACAGCAUGAUCUGCCUGUUUCAGAUCACAACCUCAGCUGGUUGGGAUGGCCUGCUGCUGCCCAUCCUAAACCGCCCCCCUGACUGUAGCCUAGACAAGGAACAUCCAGGGAGUGGCUUUAAGGGUGACUGCGGGAACCCCUCAGUGGGCAUCUUCUUCUUUGUAAGCUACAUCAUCAUCUCCUUUCUCAUUGUUGUGAACAUGUACAUUGCUAUAAUCUUAGAGAACUUCAGCGUAGCCACAGAAGAAAGUGCAGACCCUCUGAGUGAGGAUGACUUUGAGACCUUCUAUGAGAUCUGGGAGAAGUUUGAUCCCGAUGCCACCCAAUUCAUCGAGUACUGUAAGCUGGCAGACUUUGCAGAUGCCUUGGAGCAUCCUCUCCGAGUGCCCAAGCCCAACACCAUUGAGCUCAUUGCCAUGGAUCUGCCAAUGGUGAGCGGGGAUCGCAUCCACUGUUUGGACAUCCUUUUUGCCUUCACCAAGCGGGUCCUGGGAGAUAGUGGGGAGUUGGACAUCCUGCGGCAGCAGAUGGAGGAGAGGUUCGUGGCAUCCAAUCCUUCCAAAGUGUCUUACGAGCCAAUCACUACCACACUGCGGCGCAAGCAGGAGGAGGUGUCUGCAGUGGUCCUUCAGCGCGCCUACCGGGGACAUUUGGCAAGGCGGGGCUUCAUCUGCAAAAAGAUGACUUCCAAUAAGCUUGAGAAUGGAGGUACGCACCGGGAGAAAAAGGAGAGCACCCCCUCCACAGCCUCCCUCCCAUCCUAUGACAGUGUAACUAAACCUGACAAAGAGAAACAGCAGCGGGCAGAGGAAGGAAGAAGGGAAAGAGCCAAAAGACAAAAAGAGGUCAGAGAAUCCAAAUGUUAGAGGAGAGCAAAAAUGAAAUGUUAUAUCAGUUUAAAACUUGCAAGUGAAAGAUUGUUUACAAACUUCCUGAAUAUUAUCAAUGCAGAACAGCUGUGGAGACACUGUAACCUGAAGAACUAUACCAAAUGUAGUCUGCUUACCAUGUGACACAGUUGCAUCUUGAGCAGUGACCUGCCAAGGGCAAAGGACCCUGCUCCCUGAACUCACAGAUUUUCUAUUGCUUGGGCAGGUGGUUACUGCAUGUUCCACAUUCAGUCAAUGCAACUUAGGACAAAACUAACAGGAUACAAAAACAGGAGAGGCUGCCGGGACCAGCAUAUUUCCGUUGCAGCCAAAUGGAUUUUAUUUUUUCAUUUUGUUGAUUCUCAGAAGCAGAAAGCAUCACUCUAAAAAUUUGUUUGUUCAUGCAAACUAUAUUUGCAUUCUUACAUUAGUUAAGCUAAGCAGCAAAAAGAAAACACACACACACUCACAUUUAGCCCAUGUCAUUUAAUUGUCAGUUUCUUUGACAUAAACCGCAUCUUCUCCACAUGGGCUUCACGUGGUUUGGAGAUGGGUGGGGGAAAACAAUCAGGUUUUUUCAGGCUGAGGAGGACUUGCUCAGGCCAAUUCCAAACAUUGUGCUCGUUCAAUGCGUAGAAAUGAUUUGCAUGAUGGCAUGCCGUGAUCAGAAGUCAUGCAUGAGAUCCAUACACCACAGGACACUACUAAUCCUGUCCCCUGCAUUGGGUCAGCCUUUGGACAGGACCCAGCCCUGCACCGUUCACUGUAUUUGGAGAAAAUGGUAAGAGUUCCAUACCGGCUGCAAUUCUUUAUAUGAGUUCCUAUAAGUGUUUCAUACACCUUCUGGUAGGGAAACAGUCAAUCAAUUGACCACCACCAAAAACAAAAAACAAUCCCAGUCCAACAAGCAGAUGGAUCCGUUGCGUGUAUUUGUUUAACAAACAUCUCUAACAUACAGCCAUUGUUGCACAUUUUGCAAGAUGAACUAUUUAAUGCUGCUCUGUGUCUAGUACAUGGGGAGACUUUGAUCCCGAAUGGCUUGUACUAUUAAUGUCACUGUAAAACCAAAUCCUAGGGCUAAAAAAAAAGUUCAUUUGUAUUUUGCAAUAUUUAUGAUGAUUGUUUAGCCUUCAUACUGGAGAACUGACACUUAAAUGGGGUAGAGAUAAAAGUGCUGUUCAGGGUAGCACGUUAUCUCUAGGGGGUAUUUUGGAGAACUUAAAAUGACAUUUUGUUGGGGGUCAUGGGGUGCUCACUUCACCUAGUUUCAUGCCCUUCUGCAUUGUGGCUUUCUCUGGGCUUGGGUCAAUAUGGAGAAGGGUUCAGAUCUUCUGAACUGUCCAGAGGGAUUGUCACAAGCUCACACCUGCACACAACUUUCUUAUUGGACCAUUAGAAACUGUCCUCCUGCCUCCAUCACAUUUCCCCACUGAGCAGGACUUCCCUUUCCACCCUCACAGGGCUGGGUGAGGGCUGCAGCACUGGGGUAUGGCUAUGGUUUCUUUUGACUGUUACUAGAGCAACAGUCACUGCUGGGACCUGAGGUGUAGAUGAAACCGCCUCUGAACCAAGCCCACUUGGUUUCUUUACUGCACUGGUUUUCAUGAGAAAGUGACUUAAUAUUAAUUCUGUAGGGUGUUCCAGCUUCCCCCAGCACAUUCCCUCUCAGCCAGUUUUGCUCUCUGCUUAAAGACCUGCCCAUUGUCAUUGGAGGGUGGCUUCUGGGGGAGUGUCAUCUUCAUUCCAUCUCCUACCCUAUGGAUGACAGUGCUAAUCCAGGGGUAUCUCAUCUGAUGACUAGGUUUCAAAGCCGACAUGCUGCAGUUGAAUGUUUCAGGAAGUCUGUUUGAAGAGUGAGGAAAGACUUUAGCAUGGGAAUCAAAUCAAAAUAAACUCUUCCUGAAUCAUACAAUCGAGGGGGAAAAAAACCCAACCCAUAAUCAGACAUACCAAUCUGCCUUGCAGUAGAUGUACUUUGGAUGUAGUUUCACAGUCCACUUGACUUGUUUUGCAUAGAACAAACCACAGCAAGUCAGUAAGCAGAACUUUCUUGUUGGACCAUUAGAAACUGUCCAGCUCUCUUAAGCCUGCUUCUGCGGCCAUCCAUAGAGUUUUGUAUUACACCUGAUACCAGGUUGGGAAGGCAUCUCUUUCAGUGUUCCUGCUGACUGCUAGGAUGAAUGUAGAGUACCAUGUACAGGCUGCAUUGUAAACAGCACAAAACAGAAGCUGACAUGUGUGGUUAUUUUUAAGAGAAUUAUAAAUACUGUAAUAUAUAAUUUUAUUUUAUUGGCAUGCCUUUUUGUAAAUACAAAUUAACUUAUUAAAUAGGAAAUGGCUUCUGGCUUACGCCAUUGUCAUGUUUAUUUUUAUUUUUUAUACUUUUUUUUCUUCUUAGAAUUUAGAUGCUGUCGGCCAAUGUACAUCCCCAAACCAGACAGACAGACAAAAAAUUUUUUAUUGCUACUGGUCUUUUCCAAAACAACAAAAAGUAUAUAUUUUUGUUCCAAUGUGCAAUAAAUUCUAACCACUUCUAUGCAAGAUUUGGCUAAACUUAAUUGUUCUUAGGUCUUGAGAUGGACAACAGAGCUAUCCAGUCCCACUAGGUACAACAAGCGCUCAUGCUAGUGAUGUCAUUAAGCUACUAGAGCCUACUAAUGAGAUUUUUCUGAGAUCUGACCUUUUUCCUCCCCUCCACUCCUGAUCCCAGCCCAGCGGGCCACCUCCUUAGUAACACAUGGGCCUUGGUAUCUGACACCCAUCAGCCAGCUUCAUAGGAAAGAAGCCACCUCCGCUGUAUCUGAAGUUUUGUGGUUUUCUUUUCUUUUCUAACUUUUCCCACCUCUUAUCCCUCGCCCAUUAUCCCUACACCCACUCACUUACUCUCUCACUCACCCGUCCUGCUCCACACCUCUUUGGUAGUAAAUGACACCAUCACCAGCAGUUUACACCCGCAGUUAACAGGCAUUGAACUGAAAGAAUCAGCGAUGGCGUUCUGCACGCCCUCACUGGGUGAGUGAGUGGCAGCGCUUUGCCAAAUAUUAACAAAGCCAAUCAAAAAGCAGCAGCAGCCACAGUAUCACUGCACAUAUAUAUAUAUAGAUAUAUAAAUAUAAUAUAAAUAUUUAUUUUUUGUAGCCGGGUCCUUGGUGCAGUAUUUAUACUCCACAAUCCACCUUUAAAAAAAGGACAAAAAGCAAAAAGAUGUGUGAUGCUGUUAAUUUAAAAUGCAGAGCCAAAGCCACUGAGCAGCAGCUGCCAUGGUUGCUGGUUUGUGCGUGAAAAACACUUUCCAAACCCCCUCUUCUGUCCUUAACCUCCUUAUUGCUUAGGAUGAGGAGAGUCCAUAAUUUAAAGCAGAGGGUGAGAAAAGAAAAAACUUCCAAGUCAACACAACCUUCUCUUGCUCCUUCCUCAGUGAGCUGCUUUGGGCAUCAGAAGUUGCUGGGGCAGAGAAACAGAAAUGCCUGUCAAAGCCCCUGGAGCCACAGUGCCCAGGGGGUUCUUUUCUUUUUCGCCACAACCAAUGUAAACUGUAAAAGACCAAUAGUGUAUUAGUGAAUGCAUGGAGGCCAACGCUGCCCUAAAUGAGACGUGAUUAAAAAAAAAUACAUCACUACUAUAAGCCAAAAGGAAACAAAAUAAAAAUGACCCUUUUUACUGUACAAGGGAAGCCUGUCUUGGUGUGCAUUUGUUGCUUGACCGUCCCAAUUCUUAAGUCCGGGAGGGGUCUGGGAACUGGGACCUUAGCACAUUUGGGGAAAGAAGGGGAAUGGGACAGAGAGAGACACCAGAGGGUCUCGCAUUUCUGGCUAAACUGAGAUUGGAGAGAAAAGCCAGGUCCUCACCUUCCCAGAUCCCCACUGAACCAUUGCAUGUGGUACCCACACCCCAGGCUGGUGCUUAGAGGCCCUUAAAAACUCCCUUCUCACCUAAUCCACCUGGCGGAGCCCUCAGCUAUGACUUAAGCCAACCCAGCUGGACUGGCCUCACCUCUGCCUUUUUCAUCAGUGUGUUUAAAAAAAAAAAAAAAUACCCCCCAUGUUCCAAAGCUAGGGCAAGCACAAAAUGCCCAACAGCCUCUGCUCUGCUAGCUCGUGCUGGGCCCUGCCCUCCAUCACCCCCCACAGGUAGACCAGCAGACUAGUUCUGUCCAUAUUUGUGCAAGGGGGCACCCCCCUUAGAGACACCCCCCUCUAGGCUGUGUCUCCUGGUCCAGGAACACUCAGGAGGAUCUUGAAGUGCCCACUUUAGCUCGCUCCAGUAGCUCCACUCUGGAGAUGUGGCUGGUAGGUCAGUUCCCAUUCCCGGCCCCUGGGGCCCCAGCCUCCAGGCUGCUGUGGCUGUGAGAUUGCCAUGCGUUAUGGAGUCCUGGGCAUCUUUUGUACUGAUGCCUCUUUUCUUUUCUCAGAUGUUGCCCAAACUUUUGCAAAAAGCUUCAUUCAUUUUCAGGUACCCCCUAAAGAAUCAGCUGCAACUAGUCAACCAGGGGGACAUCAGGAGAGAAGAGGAAAUCUGGUUGGGGGGGGGGGUGCCCAAGAUUUGCACCAGAGUCUUCAUUGUGGCUCUAUGCUUUCUUGGAUUCCCUUUUCAAGGUUACCAAGAUUUCCUUUAUGAAAAUGCUCCUGAGGCACUCCCUGCCCCUGCCCCCCACUGCUGUUUGCUGUACAUAGAGGCUAAGUGGGGUGGGGUGGGCGGGUGUGCACAUGUGGUGUGUGUGUGUGUGUGAAGAGUGUAUAUAAGUAAAGGGGAGUGUGGUCCAGUGGUUCCAGAAAAGGGACAGAACUCCUGUGUUCUAUUCCUAGCUUGACCACUGGCUCGCUGUGUGGCCUUGGGCAAGUCACUUAACCUCUCUGUGCCUCAGUUUCCCCAUCUGUAAAAUGGGGAUAAUAAUACUGACCUACCUCACAGGGGUGUUGUGAGGCUUUAACUAAAUGUUUUGUAAAGCGUUUUGAGAUACAGAGGCAAAGGCACUAGGGAAGGGCAAAGUAUUAUUUGGACUUAAGGAAGAUGAAAUGGUACCAUAAAUGCUGCUAUUCUGAGAGCCAUUUUAAACUGCACUGCUCCAACCACCCCCGCUUCUCAUCACCAGAACAGCAGGUCGAGAAAUGUCUCUCCUUUCACUUGCUUCUGGGGUUUCUGGUUAUUCUCCACAUUUUUCCCCCUUGCUGUACCUCCUUCCCUCAUCCCCUCGACUUGUUCCCUGUUCUGUUUAUGCGGAAAUGGCAGAAAUGCUAAGAAAUGAGAAUGUAUAAGUGGAUUGGUUUAUAGUCUGAAAUUUCAAUUUUACUUUGUACUGUACAUCUUUUUACUUUAGAAUUUGCAAUAAAGGGUUACGUCAAUCUUGUUUUCAA